UGUUGGCAUGUUUUCUGUGACUUAGCGCAGUGGACCAGAGAAUAACAAUAACGCCGCAGCUGGAUGGAGCAGAGGAGCGUUUGGAGAGUCCAAAUUGUGCGCACACUGACAGUGACACUAGGACAGCGGGUUUAGGAGGCGUGUGCGCGCCUCAUUCUCACGGCGCAAGUGUCCACAUGUCACGGAUCCGUUAAUUUACCCCCAGUAAAACCGCCAGAGCGAGGGAGGACCGAGAGGAGCCCCUGUCACCGUCCCUGUGUGUCUGUCUGUGUGGGUGCGUACCGGGAUUAUCAUUACGCACGUUAUGCGGAGCGCAGUUUCGGUGAUGCGUUCAGUCGUGAGAGGUGCAGCGGGGAGCAGCGAGUGUGAGCCCGGGCAUCCAGCGGCAUAAUCAGCGCCGCGUCUGGAGCAGGGAUCCGGCUGUUAUGGGGACACGGUUCGUGCACGUCGUAGGAUUUCGACCCUCAUCUUCUUUAUUUUGAGGAAUCCGUCUUUGUUGCAAAGCGCAAGUCAAAGAUGCGCACCGCUGAACAAAGGAUUUAGAGGAAAAACGAUCAAGAAUCUCUCCCAUAUUUUAAUCCUCACACCUCGUUGCGUUUCGUCUCCCACGUUUGGACUCGUAUUUAUGCACAUACUGCCUCCGACGCGGGCUGAAUAACCGGGAUCCUCCGGGCUCAUGUGGACGGAGAGAGAACACGGAGCUCAUUCCGAAAUGUGACAUUUUUUUUUUUUACAUUCUGACUCCCAUCAAACCUGACAACUGUGCGUCCGUCUUCAUCCUUCAUCACGUUUGUUUACAUCGAUCCAGAGAUGGCGUUCCUCCCAGUCCUCCUCCUGCUGCUGUUGGCUGUUUCUCAUGGUGUCGACGGUCAGAACUCGGACCCUGAGGCCCUCCCUCGAGGCUGUGGCUGGGGCCUGGUGCGUCCUUACACCCUCCUCUGUGACCUAGACUCCAUCUGGGGUGUGGCCGUUGAAUCUGUGGCUGCUGGUGGGACUCUGGCCUCCAUCUUACUCGCCCUCGUCCUGCUGUGCCGUUUACGCCACAUCAGCGAGGCUGAGAAGCGGAGCGGCGUGGGACCCAUCCUCCUGCUGCUCCUCGGCAUCCUGGGCUUGUUCAGCCUGAGCUUCGCCUACCUGAUAGAGCAGGAUGAGUCGCUGUGUCUCCUCCGCAGGGCCCUGUGGGGCCUCCUGUUCGCCGUCUGCUUCUCCUGCCUGCUGGUUCAGGGUGUCCGUCUGCGCAGGUUGGGUCGGGAGCGUCGGAGCCCCGGCGGCUGCGCCCUCACCGGCCUGGCGUUGGGUUUGAGCGCCGUGCAGGGCAUCAUCGCUGCCGAGUGGCUGCUCCUGACUGUGCUGAGGGAGGGAAGAGCUGCCUGUCAGUACCUGCCUCUGGACUUCUCGCUAGCCUGUAGCUACGUGCUAGCCCUGCUGCUGGCCGCACUGACCGCUGCCUCCCUGGCCCUCUGCGGAAAGACGCGUCAGUGGCGCUGCAAUGCCAUCUGGCUGCUGCUGACCUGCCUGCUGUCGCUGCUGCUGUGGGUGGCCUGGGUGGGCUUCUACCUGUACGGCAACGCCUGGCUCGGCAGGUCCCCGGACUGGAACGACCCAGCGCUGGCGAUUGCUUUAGUGGCUCAGGGCUGGCUGCUGCUGAUCUUCCACGCCAUCCCAGAAUCCCACAUUUGCCUGAGACCCCCGCCGCAGCCCACCGCCCCAGAUUACUUCGACACAUCCCAGAACUCAACGCGAAUGAGGGAGACGAGCUUCGACGAAGACAUCCCUCUGUCUCACAGGCAGUUUGUGGAGAACCAGGGCUAUGGAUACAACGACGAGAACACCGCAGGUCUGAGGAGUGGUGGUGGUGCCAGUCAACACAACAGUAACACCGGCGCUCGGCCCAGCGCUCCUUUCCGUAGCAACGUGUACCAGCCCACUGAGAUGACCAUGAUCCUGAACGGGGGAGCGGUGAGUACAUCCUCCCAGUCUCAGGUGCCCUCUGCUCCUCCCACCUACACGGGGAGGCAACUGUGGUGAGCGAGAGGUUUGGAAAGAGGAUAGAAAAUGAAGAAGAGGAUGGAGGAGUGAGGAGGGAGAGGUCCAGAACGAGGAGCCCGUCCGGUUGGGUUGGACUUAACGGAUGCCUGCGGGGGCCCUUAGACUCUGUGUACAGACUUUAAUACUGACUGUGUGCCAAUCAACUAUUGUAUGAGUGUGUGUGAGACUGAGAGGACGUCAGGUAUGGAGGACAGAGCUAAAGCUUUUCUAGCACACAAGUCUCAAUAGAAGAGUUUAAAACCUUGAAAUGCGACCAGCAAGUAGCAAAACAAAAGACCUGCUGACUCAGAUGUGAAAACAUCCACAUGCAGUAUUCCUUCCUCUUCCUUCUCUCGCUAUGAUUUGCUCUUCUGACUCCUUGAAAACUGUGAAAUCUGUCGCCUUUUCCUGCUCUGUCAGGCAGGAUUGUCUUUUCUGCUGCUUCUCACAAUGCUGGCGCUCAAGUGAAACAUUUGGCUCUGUCCUCCAUCAUCCACAGCGUAGGUGAAGCCAGAGCACAUGGGCAACUGUACAGCUCGAGCACCGCCCUCUUAAAAAUACUUCAGUCUCUGUGGGUGUGCAUGUACGUGAGUAUAUGAGAGGAAGGAGUGAGUGGAUACCCCACAACUCUCCCACUCCAGCAAACCCUCCCUCUCCAAGACUGUCGCUGUUUUUCCUUCCUCCCUGUUCCUGCAUUUCUCUGUGAAUAUAACUCCUCUCACCUCGCGUCAUCCUCCCUCCUGCAUGGACACUUUGCGAACACAAACUGUGAAACUGCAACUGGAAAAGAAAGUUCCCGGCGACCGAGGGCAGCGUGGAGCACCUGAACAAAGCUGCCGUUAGACUUACGAUGGAACGGGGACGCUUGUGAUUGGCCGAGGAGGGUGUCAGUCAUCAGCGGGGAGGCGCUGCUUGGUGAAUCUAGGUCAGACUGCUGCUCCACCACAUCUCGAUGGCCACUGGCGGUUUGAAGCAGCCAGGAGAAACUGUCACUUUAUAUCAGCAGGAAACGGAGCGAGGAAGUGGAAUGGUCUCUUAUUCCUCUAUCUGUGUUUGUGAGUGUUGUGAUUCCACGAGAAAAUUCAAAGAUGCUCUCUGGUGCUAAAUAUUCCUCCACACGACCCUCCAGUGAGGCUCAGAAGCAACACUUCUGUAGAUACAGUAGUGAAACUGUGAGCAGCAGACUAUAUAUAGAGCUGCGUGGAGAUAUUCUAGAGCCUUAGGAAGAUCAGAUUUACAGUACAGGGUAGGAAGAGGAGGAGGAAGGAGAGACGGUCCGAGGGGAGUAAAAUCUCUGUGACUUCUUUCUCUAAUCUAUGUGAGAGAAUGGCUGCCUGGUGUGUGUCUGUGAUGUGGAGGCGGCCGUGUGGCUGUAUGUGGUCGUCUUCUUUAUCUACUGAGGCGUCUCUCCCUCCUCCUGUCUCUCUGUGGUCGGCUAUAAUUCAAGUCCCAGUGCCAAGAAGGACUCUUGUUUCACCGGAGUCUCUGUUUCACGCCCUUUUCCCACCAUCGUGACACCGGCUCUCUUUCACCAGAGAAGCUGUGUACAUAAUAGUGCUGUAAAGCGUUGCUUGCUUGUUUACUUUUUUUUUUUUAACUGUAGGCUGAGUUUAGACACACUGGAAAACUGACCACUGCAAACUGAUUUUUAUCUCUCUCUUUUUUUAAAAAAAAAAAAGGUUUGCUUUCUGUUCAUAAAUUUGCCUGUUGUUACUUUUACUUUUCUCUUGCUGGUGUCUUUUAUUUUUUAAAACUAGCAUUUUGGAAAUGUUUUGCCAACACUAGAUAUGCUUUUAUUUUUCUGUUUGUUUGAUUAAUGUUCAAGGAAGUCAUGUGAGUUAUCAUUUAUGAGGGUUUACGUCGGUUGUACCUCCUAAUCUCGGUCCGCUCUUUGCUGUUAGAGGGAUACAAGCAUACCCAUUAUGAAAUUUUACAAAAAACCACUAUGGCUGUGAAUAAUUUUGGCACUUCAUGCAGUAAACAACGACUUAUUCUGUGAUAUUUUUAGGGAUAACUAUAAAAAGCAAGAGCAGGGAGGGCAGAAUAAACUAACUUCCAGCCCGUCAACAGUCAGUCUAGUGAUCCUGGAUCUUCCAUCAGCCUCGACUAAGAAAAGAUCAGGGGUCAACCGUCGACUGCUGCUGUAUGUUUAUGUCUCACACACUGGCUAUUCUAAAAUAGGACUGGUACUCGCAUGCCAGCUUCAUGCCCAAAGACAGCCUGUCCCGCUACGUCAGGCUCUGUUUGGGCCGCCGCUGGUCAGAAACCAUAGAAGAAGACGAGUCCUCAGGGUUUGGGAUGGUCAGCAGUAAAGGGACAAAGCUCCUGAGUGUCAGCACUCAGAGCUGAGGGGGAGGUUUCAGUUCUUGUGAUGUUUUCACUCAAUGUGGAGUACAGAAAAAAAAAAGAACAAUAACAUGAUGUGACUUCGUAGAUUUUGCACUUGUCGACUACCUAUCUGUGCAUGCUUAUCACCAUUUCUACAUAUAAGACCUUUCUCAGACGUACUUUUGAAUACUAACUCUAUUUAUGUAAAGGUCGUGUGACAGCAAUCAUAAUUUCAGUGUAUAUCAGAUGACACACUUAAUGUCUGUGCUUUCUUAAACACAAAAGAGAGCUGGUUCUUGAGAAGCAAAGAGAUUAAAAUCAGGGGAAAUGGUCCAAAAUAGAAUGAUUCCCCAAAAAGGAACAAAAUGCCAUCAACAACUGGACCUAAUAAUAACUUCCUCUGUUAGUUUGAAGACUUGAGGGAAAAAAAGAGAAUCUGCCGACUGAUAUUGUCUCUGUGUGUAAAAUCAAAUAGACUGUGGUGAAAUUUGCACAAAACUUCUAUGUUGAGUUUGUCUUUCCCUGGGUAGCCCAUCUGAACACCCAUCCUCCUUGGGGUUGACAUGUCCUUGCCUGUCCUCUUCUGAUUCGUCUCGCCUUCAGACUGUUCCAGCGGGGCAGCUGACCGGCCGAUAUUGGUUUUCACAGCGACUGUGCAGUGACGCAGCAUGCCUAUGUAUAGAACUUGAUUCCCCUGAUUAGAAAAAGAAAAAAAACAGUUAACUCUCUUGUUUCUGUAACUGAUUCAGGAAAAAAGUUCAAUAAAAGUGUCAUGUUUGUAGUUAA